AUUUACACAUGAAUUAGUGAGUGUACAACAGCCACGAAAAUGAUUGUUUUUCUCUUUAUUAUCUCAUCAAAUAUACAUGUAGCAACCUGCAGCGAAUCAUCAAAACUGGUGGUUGGACAGGUUGGGGAUACAGUUAUUCUUCCAUGCAAAUAUGACAUUAUCACUAAUGGCCUAUCGAACGUUUGCUGGGGGAGACAUCAGUCAUGGUUCAGCUGUGAGAACACUGUUAUCUCCUCCGAUGGCUUGCAAGUGACCUACAGAGAGUCAAGUAGAUUCAGCUUGGCCAGUGGACUGGAGCGAGGGGAUGUUUCACUUACUAUAAAGGCUGCUGAAAACAGGGAUGCUGGGAUGUACGUCUGCCGUAUCGAGAUCCCUGGACUUUUCAAUGACAUUAGUUACAUUGUCUAUCUGUUUAUUAGCAGUGGACUGGAUCCAAAGAGAGUCAUCUCAGAGACACAACUGAUUCCUGCAACAGCAAAUCAAGAAAAGCAAGUCUACUAUGUAUCAGGCCAAACCACACUCAUUCCUGAGAUUUAUAUAUCAGAAGAGACAAAUGCUGAAACUACCGACAUCUACAUGGAGGAAGCCGUUGCGGUGGUCCAAAGUGAGGAUACAAUGGAAACAUUUGUCAUAAAUACUGUAAGAGUGGGAGCCCUUGUCUUCAUCCCGGGUUUAAUUAUUGCACUUCUGUUCAGACUGCGGCGCUCCAGAGAACACAACAGCUGCGUGAGAAUAUAAACCCUGAGCCUUCCCGACCCACACAACCACACAAAGAGAUAUGGUGUUAUAGUUAUGAGGUCACUAUGACUGUAAAAAAAACCACAUGCAAGGUAACACGUAUAUAUAUAUAUGAAGAAUUCAGAUGCAAAAGUCUCUAAGUGCCAUCUGAAAUUUUCAUCUAAAAUUAGGAUUUUUAUCAGGCUCCUAUAAUUAUGUUCAGUUAUGUAUGUAUAUGUAUAUAUGUAUGUAUGUUUGUAUAUGUAUAUAUAUAUAUUGUGGUUUGUUCUCAGUGCCUAAUAUUUGUGAAUAAUUAAUCAAUUAUUAUUUUUAAACUGAGGAAUUUUAGACUUAUUUACAUUAGUGUGUUGUUGUUGUUGUUGUUGUUGUUGUUUUUGUUGUUUUCACUAUAUAGGCUAGCUUAUAAAAUGUUUGCUAAUUGUAUGGUCAUCUGUAAAGUCUUCUUGUAAAAAGCUUCCAAACUCUGAUCUAACGUCAUGCUUUUCUUUCUCAGAAAUAAAUUACGAAAUGUCCAAUCCCCACGUGGGAUAAAAGUUUUGAGUGUUUGACUGGAAACGCAGUUUGAUUUAUCACACAAUAGCGGCCUCUACUGUUUAAUGAAGUUGAAUAAAUAUGUCAACCUAAAAGUUUUAACACCGUACAAACUUAAAUCUUAAUAAA